UCAGUAGGGCAACGCCAUCAAAUCCUAGUAGUAAAUGGUUUUCUUUCUUUCUUAUAUUAGGACUAGGGUUAUCAAUUUAGCGUCUAUAUAAACCACAGUGAUAACAAAGCAUUGUAACUUUUGCUUAAAUCAUGGAGUGCUACAUCUCAGAACUCCCAUACGACAUCAUUCAAAAAUUCUUUUCCAAUCUCCCUUUCAAAUAUCUUUUACAGUGCAGGUUAGUUUGCAAAUCAUGGCGAGACAUUAUUGACGCAGCUAAUGGUCAAUUCUCAAGAGAAUGCUCUAGCACUCUGCUGCUCUUUGUGGAGACGAAAACAAUCAGUGUAUGUGAACAUAUUCAAGAAUGUCUCAAGAUCAACAUGAAGUCACCAUUAGCCACGGUAGAAAAGACAAGAGUCUCCUGUAUUGAAAUUCUUGGAAAAUCAAGUUACACCCAUUGCGAAGCACGCUUCAAUUCUGGGUUGAAUUGUAGGCUUAAGUUUGUCAAUUCUUGCAAUGGAUUGAUUUGUCUAGAAGAGUUAGUUCCUAUCUAUCUCCCGCAUCAUUCCAAUAAAGUUAUACGUAGUUAUGAAGAAAUUUUACGUAUAGUAAAUCCAAUGACAGCUGAUUAUAUUAUUCUUCCACAAUUAAGGAAAAAACUUGAUUGGAAUUUGUAUGAAUGUGUACUUGGGUUCUGUCAUAAGGGUAAUCAAUACAAGGCCAUGAGAAUUUCAUACAGAGUUGGUAAAAAUAGAGACAGAAGUACUGAUGAUAAUUGGCGAGCUCAUGUUUACACUCUUGGGUUUAGCACGGGUACCUGGAGAAGAAUCGAGAAUGUCCCUUCAUUUGAACAAAAUUCUUCCAGGCCUUUUUCUAAUGCAUUUGCUAAUGGGUGUUUUCAUUGGUUUUUCCUUAGGGAAAUAAUGACUUUUGAUUUUGAAAGUGAGAAAUUUAAAUCUAUUCCACUGCCUCACCAUGACUAUGAUGAGGAUACAUGGAUAAACAUUGGAGUUCUUAAAGACUCCAUCUUUAUAUCUAAGCAUGUCGAUCAAGGAUAUGGUCAUGAAGCUAUUGAGAUAUGGUUGAUGAAAGAGUAUGGUGCUGUGGAAUCUUGGGUCAGAGUGCAUGUCUUAGUGAAGACUACGUGUUUGAGAGGCUGCUUUGAAUAUCUUAGGAUAAUUAAAUUCUUUGAGAAUGGUGAUCUUUUAUUGUAUAAUGGGAUGGAUUGGCUUCUGUAUCACCAUGAGAUGAAAAAAUACACAAGAUUGCAUAUUCCUCCAGGGAUGGAAGCUUGUUUUAGUGAAAGUAUAAGAGUUGAAGUCAUUGAUCAUGAUCCGAGCUUUGCUUCACUCGGAGAUAUGAUGGUGGGAAACAACUUGAAGGUUUCAAAUGCAAGACUAAGACGUUCGACACUCUAAAUCACCCUGUGAAGAAGAUAAGCUUGUUAAUUUGCAUGAUGUCCAUGGUGCUGAUUCUUCCAAACCACGUCCUGGUGUUAGAGGUAGCUUUAAUAAAUGAAGAUAAUAGAAAAAUAAAGAAGGGUUUGUGUUGAUCUUUCAUAAAGAUCAUAGCUUUACAAUAAUUUUGUUUUGGAUCCUCUGUGGUUGUGUUUUUUCAUUUUUCUUUCAAGCUGCUACUUCUGAUGUGAUGACGAUGGAAUGCAUAUCAGAUACUUUGUUAUUAUUAUGUUAAUCAUGAAAUCAGUUAUGGCCUAUUAUGGGUAAUUUUCUUAUUUUGUUUGAAAUUAGUCGUAGCUGCAGUGAUGAUAAUCAUGAAGUAAGUUAUGGCCUAUUACGGGUAAUUUUUUAGUUUUUUUCUUUAAAAAGAUUGUAGUUAUUUUUACUUGAUGGAAUUAGGAUAUGGUGGUAUGUUGAGUAAAGAUGUAUUGUUAGUUUUAGUUAAUUAUUGUGCUUGUAUUGAUAGUGGACAAAGUGAGGACAUUGUUUGAUUAUCAAAACAUUCUGUUUGUGACUCUGAUGUGUUUGCUAGGAAUAUGGGGAAGUUAAUAGGCUUGAAUGCAAUUCAUCAUUCAUCUUAUGCAAGUUUAGCAGCAGAUGUCUUUGUUAGGGAUGGAUAGCAACAAAAAAUGGCAAAAUUAGUAGUCUUGAGAUAAAAGUAAAAAAAAAGUAGUGCUCCUGUAAUGGUAGCAAGCAGUGCAUGUCAGGGUGUGCAAAUUUUUGAGUCAUGGGAGAUCUUGAAUGCUUGGAAGAUCAAACUUUAAUACAUGAUAAUGUUGUGUUAUCAGCUAAUUGAGUAAUUCUUGGAAUUGCAAAUACAGAAUUAUAGUGUUUAGUGAUGUUUUUUAGCUGUUGCUGCUAUUAUGUGGCUUUUGUGGGUGCAAUCUGAUUCAUUUUUAUGUUGGUUUUGAAUGCCAGAAUGUGGUUCUCUUGUUGUUUCCAAACUGUUGGAUUAAACAGCAUUUUCCAAAUUAAUACCUGACA